AACAGGUCAGCGUUUUUGGCAUCUGUUGUAUACUGCUACGUUGCGCUUAAGAUUUUCAAACUAGUCAGCCUUUUUGGCAUCUGUUGUUUCAUACUAUUUAAUCAUUAUACUCCGCGUUUAAGUUAUCAUUUACAGGCCUUCACUUGAAACACACAAAAGUUCCGCAGAUUAUCUCUGAAAGAUGUAUACAACAUUUCUACUUGUGUUGAUGCUGGUUGCUAGUUGUUCAGGAAAUGGUGGAGACACUAGAUGCACAAAAGCAAAUGGUUUUUGUUUCGACAUGAAUCAAGAGACUUGCCGCACCACUGAAAGUCCAAACUUGUGUUGUGGGGCACAACGAUCUUGCUGUAUAAACGACUGUCAAAAUGAUGUUGCUUGCACGUGUGAAGAUGAAUGUUCCGAGGGUAGCUCUCAAAGUGGAACCUGUUGCGAUGGUAAAAAAUGUUGUAGAGACACAUGUAAUGAUGAUUGGUGUGCAGAUGCAGGAGGAGUAUGUGACAGCUCAUGUGGAGGACAAACCCCUCAUCAAGUAGGCGAUUGUUGUGGUGGAAAUAAGUGCUGUAACCAGGAUCAACCAUGUGAGGAACUUGGUGGAACUUGCCAAUUUGCAAGUGAAGACAAUUGUAAUGGUGGAUUUUUAAAUGGAUUUUGUGCGACACCAAAUCACAAAUGCUGUAAACUCUGUGGACAUGAAUGUGGGGGAACGUGCAAACCGAGUAAUCAGUGUGCUGGAACAGACAUGGGUCAAAGCUCAUGUUGUAAGAACAAUAAAUGUUGCGUGGAAUAAAAUCCACUGUCAAAAGAUGAAGAACCAAGAAAAAAAAAGACAUUCCAUGAAGAGUAAAUCGAAGAUAAAUAUGAAGAAUAAACUAUCACAAAACUGA